CUCGCGCGGGAAUAAAUGGCUCGAGUGUCGACUGCUCCAUUAACGAGUUCAGUCGCUGGAAGAUCGGUCGUCGCGUCGCGUCCGCUCCUUGCAAACAUGAAGCUUCCACUACUAGUGUUGUUUACAUUCAUACUACUAACACAAUUACCGCCCAGUGAGUGCCGAGAGAUCUCAUGGUUCCCGAGCAUGUUCGACAGCUUGUCCAACAAAACAAGCCAAUUCACAAAUUAUGUGCGCGAACGAGGACGCAGACUGAAAAACUUUUACGUCGAUAAUGUGCGGAAGAAAAUCACUUAUUACUUCUCAAAUAACAGCACCAGUAACCCAAACCCCGAGAGAGAAAGCAACGAUGAGAAACAAGCCAGAAUAAAAAGAAAAUUCAGAGAUUUUGUUGAGGAAGCUCGGUCAUCUGAGAAUAAAAUUUUUGAUUCUAUUGCACCAGGUGGAAUGGAGGACAAGUGCUCCGACGACGACCCAACUAUCCAUAUGACCACACCACAACUGAUAGCUAUCCACGGCUACCCGGCAGAGUCCCACACUAUUAUGACGAGUGACGGAUAUAUAUUGACUGUACACAGGAUUCCACAUUCCAAAAACUCCUCUAGUAAAGUAAGCCCUAGAAAAACAGUGCUACUGCAUCAUGGGCUGCUUGGCAGCUCUGCAGAUUGGAUAAUACCAGGACCUCAGAAGGGACUGGGCUAUAUCUUGUCUGAUGCUGGUUACGAUGUUUGGUUGGCCAACGUACGAGGUAAUACUUACUCUCGAGCUCAUGUUUCCAUAAAUCCUGACACGUUUGAAUUUUGGAACUUCACGUUUCAUGAGGUGAGUCAAUACGACCUUCCGGCAGUCAUAGAUUACAUCAUGGAAGCCAAAGGAUGGGACGUCAAAAUUAACUAUAUUGGACAUUCGAUGGGAACGACAGUGCUUUUCGCUUUGUUAUCUACAAAAACCCAUUAUAAUAAAGUGUUGAGGGCAGGAUUCGCUCUUGCUCCUGUUGCGUACAUGACAGACAUUAAAAGUCCGAUACGACUGCUGGCUAAGUACAGCGAUAACAUAGAGUAUUUAAUGAAGCUACUCGGGGCUAAUGAGUUCCUUCCUCAAAAUGCGGUGUUAAGGUGGUUAUCAAAACAUGCUUGCGAGAUAAAUCAUUAUGAGGAAGCGAUAUGUGAGAACUCAAUGUUUGUUUUAUGUGGACACGAUGAAAGACAAUUCAACAAGACAUUGUUACCGUUAAUAUUGGGACAUGUGCCGGCCGGCGCUUCUACAAAGACCUUGGUUCAUUACGCCCAAGAAAUAAAGCAGGCUGGCAAAUUCCAGCAGUUUGACUAUGGACCUGUAGAAAACUUCAAAAGGUACGGGACCGCAACUCCUCCUGAGUAUCCAUUGCAUAAAAUCACUUUACCCAUAGCGUUAUUCGGUUCUGAAAACGAUUGGUUAGCAAGUGACAUUGAUGUGACGAACUUAUAUGUGCAGUUAGUGAACCCAAUAGAUCAUUACAUAGUGCCAUUAAAGGAAUUUAAUCAUAUAGACUUUUUGUAUGCUGUGGAUGCGCCCACACUUGUUUACGCCAAGUUAAUGCAAUUGUUAGAAGAAGGUGUCAGUAGUCCGUAUUCCGGCGAUAUUUUAGAUUCUAAUCUUUUAGAAUGAUCUGAUUAAGACGAUGUUAUUGCCAAAGAUAGUAAAUAAAAUGUUUUAUUUUUCA